UGAUAAUAAAACCGAAUCGCCUGACAAAAGAAACAAUCCUGCAAGAGUUUCAAAGGCAUCUAGGCUGAGCAAACUUUCAGAACUCAUCCUGCGUAAAAGGUCUAGCAUCAAGGAUGGAGGUGUCGAAGUCAGGAGUAGAACAUCGAAAAUAACUCUUCGCGAGGUCGCGGAUAGAGUCCGAAGGCAGUCAAUGGUACGUCGGAGAAGUAGACAAAGCAGGGAAGAGGAGGUACAGAGACUUUAUCCUGUAAGCAGUAAUGAAAGUAUGCAUCAGUACGUCCGAGAUGGCCCUGCGAGUGUCGAUUACACCGUUGAAAGACAUAGGUCUCUUCAUCGAUGGGAUACCCGGUCAUCAAACGUAACAAUCGGCACUACCCAUAGCGCCUACGGCAGUCCGGAAUCUUUACCAUCUUGGUGCACUCGGCGAUCUGGAGCAAGGUCACGGCGCUUCGGGUCAAUGAGUAGUAAAUCUACCCAAUCGAAUAAAUCACACAGAGGUCAAAGGUCAGGUCAUGCUUCGACGAGCGAUGGCAGUGAUUGGGGAGAAGAUGAAUUAGACGAUGCCGAAAGCUACAAUUUUCGCCGGAAAUAUAAAGCAAAGGUGCAUCACUAUUACGAGCCACC